AUGUCUUCCACUCGGCGCGUAGGCGCAAGCAUAAUCGCCUCCCUCUCCGCAGCAUCCUGCCGACCGCAAUACUUCCGCCGCUUCAUCACCACAACCUCCGCGCGCCUCCAAGCUUCUCCGCCUCCGAUCCCGUCCGCCUCAACAGCCGCCGCCAACACCGCCCAAGUAUCGCACGACCUCUCCCCAGCCGACGAGUCCGAUCCUCUCCGUUCCCUGACAGACGGCCUCGUCGAUCCACCUCCCGUGCUCAACGAAGACGAAAAGCAAGUCGACUGGACACGAUCAUUCCACGGACUUUCUUCCACACCCUUCACACCUGAGCAGGCGGAGGUAUUACAGGCGCCGUUGGACUAUGACGAUAUUGAGAUCAAGCCGGAUGGUAUCGUGUAUCUGCCGGAGAUCAAGUAUCGGCGGGUAUUGAAUCGGGCUUUUGGACCUGGAGGUUGGGGGCUUGCGCCGAGAGGAGAGACGAUCGUUACGGCUAAGGUGGUGACGAGAGAGUAUGGACUUGUUUGUGGAGGACGCCUCGUCUCCAUCGCCCGCGGCGAGCAACAAUACUUCGACCCGGACGGCAUUCCCACCGCGACCGAAGGCUGCAAAUCGAACGCACUGAUGCGCUGCUGCAAAGACCUGGGCAUCGCUUCCGAACUGUGGGAUCCGCGCUUCAUCAAGAAGUUCCUGGCUGCGAGAGGAAAAGAAGCGAUGGUCGAGCACCAGACUACAAAGAAGAGGAGGAAGCAUUGGAUGCGUUUGGAUGAUGAGUUGAGAUACCCGUGGAAGGAGGUCAGCAGUGGUGGAAGCACGGUCAGCACCAGCAGUAGUACUGGAAGUGGAAGUAUCGCUGCGAAGAGCAAUGCUUCCGGCGCAUUCGCGGCUGCGAGAGCAAAGGCUACUGGUACAACUGGGGCAGUGCCGAGGAAAGUUUGA